AUGAUAGUUUUAGGAAAAGUGGCUGGAAAGAGAAUUAAGCAUUUUUAUUUUUGUAUAUUCUACUUCUUUUUUCAGUUUCUCUGCACUUGUUUGAAAAGGAUUGCUUAUUUUUUUUUUUUUCGCUCUUCUUUUUUUCAUGCCCGUUUUGGAUUAGUAAAACUAAGAUUUAUGAUUUUCCUCAUCUAUUUAAGGAAUGUAAACUUAGAUUCACCAUUUUUUGCUUUCUUUAAUGUUGUUGGGCUACUCCAUCCCCUCUCUCCAUUAAACCCCUCUUGGUUUGAAGUGUCUUUUGGAAAGAAAAAGCUAGAGAUACGUCAUAAUGUUUUGGAUUAUUGGAGAGAAAGAGAUGCUUAUUAUCAUUUCUAUCACUUUUUUUUUCUAUUCCUAUUUCACCCGCAUCAAACAUACACGGGAAAUACACACCGAAAAGCGAAAGAGGGGGGCAAACAAUGA